AUGAGAGCGAUCGAUAGCUAUCUAAUGUGCAGUCGCCAACCUCAGCGACUGACGAUCGCUCGUCGCCAUGCUAUACUCCUCGAGGACGUUCUCGUGUUCUCUCAGCGAUUUCCUCAACCACUCACUGGAUGUGGAAAGAAUCUCCAAAAGAGACCAUCGGCAGAAUUCGCAGUAAGAACCGUCAAGGUACGAUCCAGAGACAUCGACAAAAAUGUACCUUGCGCAAUCCUUCGCAAUGUUGCGAAUAUGCGAGACGAACCGACAGAUUUUGAAACUUUGCCUGAAACAGAUGAACACGACGUGCAUGAGGAUAUCGAAGAAGACCCUCUGCCUUUGGAUUGCACUUAUUAA